UAGUACUUCACUAACUCGCGUGCGCCAAACAAAUCUCGCUGAUUUUUCUUCUCUCGCGGUCUCUAGGAACCCUAGAUCAGAUCAUGUCUGGAGCGUACGGUCAAGACGGCGGCGGUUCCGCGCCACCGUCCUAUGGAUCCAGCGGCGGAUACAGUUCCGCCGGUGGUUACGGUGCUACUGGUGGUGGUGUUGCCGGCGGGGGUGGCAGUUAUGGUGGCGGAGGCUAUGGAGGAGGAGGAGGCGGUGCCGGAUACGGUGGUAGUGAUGGCGGUGGAGGUUAUGGAACCAAAGGCAGCGGAAACGGCGGUGGAUAUGGCGGUAACGAUGGUGGAGGUUAUGGCGGAAGAGGCGGCUACGGUGGAAACGACGGCGGAGGCUAUGGAGGAAGGGGCGGCGGUGGAGGCGCUGGUCAAGGUGGCCGGGGAGGUGGUGGAUAUGGUGGUCGAGGAGGUGGUGGUGGAUUUCAAGGCGGAGAUCGUGGUGGUCGAGGUGGUGGUCGCGGCGGCGGUCGUGGUGGAGGCAGAGAUGGAGACUGGCGUUGUCCUAACCAAAGUUGUGGGAAUCUGAACUUUGCGAAAAGGGUUGAAUGCAACAAAUGCGGUGCUCCAAGUCCUAAUCCCAAUAGUUCUAAUGAUCGUGGUGGCAGUGGCAGUGGCGGUGGUUAUAAUAGAGGAGGUGGAGGCUAUGGUAACAAUCGAGGAGGAAGAGGUAAUGACUAUAGCAGCGGAGGGGGUAGAUCUGGUAGUUAUGAUGGAGGGAGAGGCAAUGAAUAUAAUAGUGGAAGGGGUGGUAAUAGUGAAGGUAGAGGUGGUUCAUAUAGAGGUAGUCAGGGGAGAGAAGAUGGUGGUUAUGGUCAAGUUCCUGCUCCUACUGCCCAAUCUUACGGUGGUGUUGGUGGAAACUACCCACCCACUUACAGUUCUUAUAGUGGUGGGAAUGCAAGUUAUGGAACAGAAGCAGUUCCUCCACCUGCAAGUUAUACUGGUGGACCUAAUUCCUAUCCUCCAUCAUAUGGGGGUAGCGUGGGUGGUUAUGGGGGAGAUAAUCAAGGGGAUGGACGGAGUGGUGGUAGAUCUGGGCCUCCUGCUGGAUAUGACAGUAGUUACGGUGCUGGUAAUCGAGGUGGAUUUGGUGGAUCUUCUGCAGAGACCCCUGCUGCAGUGAAGCAGUGUGAUGAGAAUUGUGACGAUACAUGUGACAACUCUAGAAUCUACAUCUCAAACCUACCACCAGAUGUGACUACUGAAGAAUUGAGGGAACUUUUUGGAGGCAUUGGACAAGUUGGAAGAAUAAAACAGAAGAGGGGCUAUAAAGAUCAGUGGCCUUGGAACAUAAAGAUUUACACUGAUGAGAGUGGAAACAACAAGGGUGAUGCAUGCCUUGCUUAUGAAGACCCUUCUGCAGCACAUUCUGCUGGCGGUUUUUACAAUAAUUAUGAUUUGAGGGGUUACAAAAUCAGUGUUGCAAUGGCAGAAAAAUCUGCACCAAGAGCUCCACCUGCAUAUAACCAAGGGGGCAAUAGGGGUGGCUAUGGUGGAGAUAGACGCAGAGACAAUUAUAGAGAUGGAGGUGGUUCUGGGCCUGAUAGGCGUGAUCAUUAUGGAAAUCGUUCUCGUCCAUACUGAGAGCUUGGACAUUGAACGUUUUAUGUACUAUGAAUUGUGGGCUGAGGGUUUAAUUAUUUCAGUUGGCUGGUUUCUUAAACUGGAAGCAAAGAGGUAGGUUGUUCACUCACUUUGAGCAAUACCUCUUCCGCUCCUUUUUGUUUCUAGCUGGUGGGUUUUGAAUUGAAACCAGGGAUUAAUUUAAUCAUGUGAAUGUUUUUUUAGAGGCAAGUGGAUAGUCUCCCAAUUGCUUGCUGCUAAGGUAGGUGUUGAAUAUUUCAGGUGAGUGCUGCUUUCAAGAAAAUGUGCCUAAUACUUGCUUGGAAAUUAAACCAUGUGUCAUUAUGUGGAUAAAUGCUUGCAUUCCUAGCUCAUCCCAUGUGGCAUCUGGUUCAAGCGGGUGAUGACAUUAAUUAAUAGAAUGCUUUAUGUCAGUCAUAGUUCCAUAAAUCAAUAAAUCUUGGUUACAAUAUUUCAAGUGAAAUCUAUUUUUGUCAGGAAAGUAGUAAUGCUAGUUGCUAUUUGCUUUAAAUUAAAGCCUUUAGAAUCAAUAUUAAGAGUGAUACUAUCGUUGUCUGUUUGAAAGUGAGACCCCAUGAAGUCUUUUGUAUUUCUUAUUUACUCUACACUUUGAUAAGUUUUGAUUUAACUGUUUAAAUUGGAAUCUAAGCAGCUCAAGGUAGAGCUAAGCUUGUGAGCUAAUUUAACACUGAAAAGAAUGCAAUUUACUUUAUCAUUGUUGUUUGAAGUUUUGAAAUCCAACUUCAUUUUGAGGCAGAACCUAGGAUUAUGCAUAUAGCAACAAGAAUGCUAUAUGUUAGCUUCAUAAUUGAAGUUUCAUACUUUGAUGACAUUUCUUUGUUUCAUGACUUUUGAGUAGCAAAGCUGAUGCUUAGGGACAGAGCUGAAUAAGUGAAAACAUUGCAAUAUUCUACUAUUUAUCUUUUUUGGAGAUUAAUUAAAGUAGUUCCAAAUAUCAUUGCAGUUCAAGUAGUACAUAAUGCCCACCAAGCUUCAAUCAGGUUUUUCAUUUCAUGAUUAAUUAGUUCAAGUAGUACAUAAUGCCCAACAAGCUUCUAGAUGGGAAAACUACUGUUAUUACAUAAACUUUACUUGAUGCAUGUAAUGCAGAAACAAUUCUUGUUUAGUCUUAACACUCUUUAGCUUUCCUAUUGGUUUGUUUUCUUAUUUAUAUAGCUAAUAGGGAAGUUAAGUAACUUUUUAACUUUUAUACGCAUGUGUUGUUUUUAGCUAGCUAGCUAUUGGAGUUCGCACUUCACUGUAGCAUUCCUGUGCUUAUUCUCUGCAAUGCAAGUUUGUUUCUCAAACGAGUAUAGUUGCAUUUCCAGUUUGUUUUACGGUUCUCAUUUCACGCUUCACACAUCUAGUCCCCCGUGCCUUUUGCAUAUUCGGUAUCACUUGCGAGCAGAACUUUCUUUGGCUAUUUUAGGUGUGAAAAAUAUGGUAGCCUCUUACCGGCCUUGUCCACAGAAGUGUUUUGGAGGGGUAUAUAAUUCAAAUGUACUUUCGAAUUCUAAUUAUGUAGCCUGUUAAAGGAUUUCUUUAUAUCACCCUUACAGGUUAGUGUCUUGUUUAAUCCCCUGGUCAAUCGUCAAUCUUCCAGAUGGUUUAAUAGGAUGAAUCUAAAUUUAUAAAGGAAUCUAAUUCGGUUGGUUGAGUAGAAUGUGUUGUAAACUCCUUGAUACUGUGUUGGAUUCCUAUAGAUAAAAAAAAAAUUUCCCUAGUGCCUUUGACCUUUUA